AUGGGGACCGUCCGAAUGCCCCCUCCAACGGCCACGCCAGGCAAAGAGCCAGCGGCCCUGCACUCCACGCUGGCCAGGAAAGCCUUCCACGCGGAGGAGCCGGCAGACUGCAAAAUCCAAUGUGCUUUCUUCCCCGCCGCGGUCCUCUCCCCGGAGCCGCUGGUCCCCGUCCCUGAACCCCUGGCCCUCAUCCCCACUGCAGAAUCUAAGACCUUUCAUCUGGCCGAGCCAGGGACUGGGGAUCCCAAGCAAAUGCCUUCCGUGGACAUCAGGCCCCAUGGCCUAAAGGGCUCCCAGGGCAAACUUCCCCCAAAACGUAAAGGUGGGGAAAUGGCGGCUACACAUUCCACAAAGUGCUGGCACUUAACACCCCCAACCCGGAAGGCUAUUGACCGAUCCUUAGAGGGUGGUGACUGCCCAUCGUCAGACGGUGUCAUGGUUUGGAAUGUUAAUUAUUGCCGAGGACCUGGAAGACAUAUUCCAGCAGGUGAAGCGCUCAAGCUUGUCAUUCUGGAUGCAGUUAUGAAGUCAGACCUAGUUGAAGAAGCAAUCAAAUUUGCUCAGAAGAUUAUAGAUAAACCUCUAGAACCCCGCAGACUCAUAAACAAGCCAGUCCCAAGCUUGCCCAACAUGGACGGUAUUUUCGCGGAAGCCAUUGCCAAAGUACGAAAGCAGUUCCCUGGCCACCUGGCUCCAGAGACCUGUGUCCGUUCAGUCCAGGCCUCCGUGAAGCACCCCUAUGAAGUGGGCAUUAAGGAAGAAGAAAAGCUGUUUAUGUACCUUCGGGCAUCAGGACAGGCCCAAGCCUUGCAGUAUGCCUUUUUCGCUGAAAAGUCUGCAAGUAAGUGGUCAACUCCCUCAGGAGCCUCUUGGAAAACAGCGUCUGGGCAACCAGUCUCCUCGGUUGGCGUUCUUGGUAAGUACAUUCUUUAUACCUGCACAUUUCUUUUAAUCCAUGUGCCACCACCACCUGGCUCAGGCCUUAUUGGACCUUCCUUGCCACCAGGAACUCCUGCCCGUAAGCGGGGCAAUAGCAGAUACUCCCCACUUGCUGAUAUGCUCUGCGAAUCUGGGCGAUUCAGUCAGAAGACAGGUAAGGGUUGGUAUCAGUAUGACAAACCACUGGGUCGGAUUCACAAACCUGAUCCCUGGCUUUCCAAGCUCCUGUCACAGUAUAGAGCAACCCAUCACAUUGAACAGCGCUCCAUCAGCAAGGAUGAGAUCCUGGAGUGCUGCCUGUAUUCCCUCAUCAAUGAGGCAUUCCGCAUCUUGGGGGAGGGGAUGGCUGCUAGCCCAGAGCACAUUGGCGUCAUCUACUUGCAUGGGUAUGGGUGGCCAAGGCACAUGGGUGGGCCCAUGUUCUAUGCUGCCUCAGUUGGGCUGCCCACAGUUCUAGAGAAAUUGCAGAAAUAUUACAAACAGAACCCUGAUAUCCCCCAACUGGAACCCAGUGAUUACCUGCGAAAGCUGGUUGCCCAGGGAAACCCUCUGAAAGAAUGGCAAAGUUUGGCAGGGUCUCACACCAGAAAACUGUAAUUUAGCCUUCUGUAUUUUGCCACACAUGUUGGCAUCUAAUUUCAGAUUGUUCUGAGGUACAGAUGAUGAUGAUGAUGAUAAUAAUGAUGAUGAUGAUGAUGAUGAUGAUGACGGGUCAGCAAAAGCUCCUCUCUGUAUCUUUCUACCAGAUGUGCCUUAGCAAAUCAACAAGAAGUGGCAUAUACGUGAAAUUGACCAUUUUCAGCCAUGUGAAAUAAUUGUAACAUGAUGUACAAUGGGUUACAAUGUAACCCGUUGUAACAUGAUGCUGGGUUAGGGCACUGCUCUGAGUAAGAAGAGGCAGGCAGAAAAGGCCACACACAAUUUGGAUAUAGAUAUGAAAUUCCAGAAUAUACAGAUCUGUGGAUAGACAGUAGAUGAGUGGUCCAAGACUGUAAUUGUUAGAAGUUAAAAUUACUGCUGAUGGAUACAGAAUAUCUUUGGGGGAGGUUGAUAAAUUUUUCUAAAAUUACUCUAGUGGUGGUUCUGUAGUGCUACAAAUAUACCAAAACACACUAAGUUGAAUGGUUCAAAUGAACUAUGUUGUCUAUAUUUUAUAUAUCUCAAUAAAGUUAAUAAAAUUAA